AUGGCCCAGAAGGAGAAUGCCUACCCCUGGCCCUACGGCCGGCAGACGGUUCCAUCUGCCCUGAACACCCUGCCCCAGAGAGUCCUUCGCAAGGAGCCUGCCACCCCAUCUGCACUUGUCCUCAUGAACCGCGCCAAUGCCCAGCCCACAGCUGCCCCUGGCCAGAAAGUGGCAGAGAACAGCAGCGGGACACCCAAUUUCUUAAUGCGGCCCUUCACAAUUGAUGACUUUGAGAUCGGACGUCCUCUGGGCAAAGGCAAGUUUGGAAAUGUGUACUUGGCUCGGGAGAAGAAAAGCCAUUUCAUCGUGGCACUCAAGGUCCUCUUCAAGUCGCAGAUAGAAAAGGAGGGUGUGGAACACCAGCUGCGCAGGGAGAUCGAAAUCCAGGCCCACCUGCAUCAUCCUAACAUCCUGCGUCUCUACAACUAUUUUUAUGACCGGAGGAGAAUCUACUUGAUUCUGGAGUAUGCCCCCCGGGGGGAACUCUACAAGGAGCUGCAGAAGAGCCGCACUUUUGACGAGCAGCGAACAGCCACGAUCAUGGAGGAGUUGGCGGAUGCUCUGAUGUACUGCCAUGGGAAGAAGGUGAUUCACAGAGACAUAAAGCCGGAGAAUCUGCUCUUAGGGCUCAAGGGAGAGCUGAAGAUUGCUGACUUUGGCUGGUCUGUGCAUGCCCCCUCUCUGAGGAGGAAGACAAUGUGUGGAACCCUGGACUACCUGCCCCCAGAGAUGAUUGAGGGGCACAUGCACAAUGAGAAGGUGGACCUGUGGUGCAUCGGAGUACUCUGCUACGAGCUGCUGGUGGGGAACCCACCCUUCGAGAGUGCUUCACACAACGAGACCUAUCGGCGCAUCGUCAAGGUGGACCUGAAGUUCCCCACUUCUAUGCCCAUGGGAGCCCAGGACCUCAUCUCCAAGCUGCUCAAGCAUAACCCCUCAGAACGGCUGCCUCUGGCCCAGGUCUCAGCCCACCCUUGGGUCCGGGCCCACUCUCGGAGGGUGCUGCCUCCCUCUGCCCUUCAGUCUGUCCCCUGAUUGUCUCUGUCAUUUA